AGUCGGUGCGCCUCUCGGCCGUGGGCACAAAUCGCGAGUAAAAUGGAAGCGGAAUUUCGCUGCGAGGUUGAGGUCCGUCGUUGAAAACAGGUGAACAUGGGAAGGUCCAAGUUUCCCGGGAAGCCGCCGAAGACGGCCACCAGGAAACGGAUCAAGGUGCUGGGCCAGCCUGAGGCAGCGCAGAACGAUCCGGUAACUGUCGCCGAAAACAUCUACUACGGACUUUCCCUGUUCAACGAAACAUUCGGCGACAACGAGAAGGAACAUCCACCAUUUCACGGAUUUAGCACUAAAGAGGCUAAUCUUUCUGCAUCUUAUAUAAAAACUCAGCAACAUGAUGCAGAGAAGACAAGCGAUAAAUUGCCAUCUGUCACAGUCGAAAAUCUUGCACCACAGUCCAGUACGAAGAAGGAUGUUAUUGAUGUUAAAAAUUCUCCUACAGACAUCGAAAAUAGCACAGAAAAGUUUACCAAUUCAAAUCCAAAACCAGUUAAAGACAUCACCCGGUUACAACCAGUUACAAAUCCAAAUACUAAGCAUUCAAAGAUUCACCGAACAAAAAGUCGUAAGAAUUGCAAGAACAUUAAAUUUUCGAAUUAUUUGAAAAACCCCGUGCUAAAAUCAGUGAACAACAUCUUAGAUCAGCAUCAAAGGACCAGACAAUUACGUAACAGUACUGCAAAAAGAUUGCUUCAAAGGGCGAAAUCUGGAAGUAAUACACGUAAUUUGGUAGUGCAAUCAGGAGAGAAGCCUAGCACAGUGAGAAAAUUUGUUUUACCCGUUCGCAGCGUGCAUUCGUCAAGAGUUAUAAAACCAAAUAAAAGAUUUAUCGAGGAGUUGGAAGAAAUUGCUACUACGGAGUAUAGUGAGAAUGAAAUUGGUGUACACGUAAAAAAGACUAAAUUAAAUCCAGAUAAGCUUAGCAACUUGGAAUCAAAAUUGAAAGGGGAUACUGUUAGUAAGUUGUGUACAAAAUUUAAAGACGCAAGAAGCAAGCCAAAAAGGGUGAUUCAGAGUGUCUCCAAUGCUGAGAUUAUAACUCAAUCAGUAAAAAAUAUAGAGAAAUCAGCGAAUUCUGUACAAAACGCACAAAUAUCAAAACCAGCUCAUAGGGAAGUAAAAAAAUCUCAUACUAUAUCGUGUAAGAAUAAAGUAUCAAACAGCACAUCUGACAAUUCUAAUAGUAAUCAAGAAUGCUCACAAAACUCAAACAGGACGACACAAACUGUGAAAUCAACAAUUUCCAGAAAUCAGAAACAGAUUUCUAUUCCUACAAAAGUUCUUCCCGAUUCCAAUGUUCCACACUUCGAGUCUUCCAGAGUUCAGACGAGAUCAGGAACUCAAAAUGAAAUAGCAAGCGAUUUAAGUAAUAAUCAGGUAAGCUUUAACAGUGGUGCAGGAUUGACAGAAGGUGGCUGUGCAGAAACUGAGAAUCAGCUUGGUAAUAAGACUGCGGUUAAUGCAUUGAACAAUUUUGAGACGGAAAACAAUUUACCUGAAAGCGAAAGCGAGCACAGCAAUCACUCGGAAGGCGAGCCAUCCGAUUUCAGCGGAAUGAAACUCAAUGGUGGAAAAGUUAUAUUAAGAAAAGCAAGAUUAAAGUUGGACAAUAAGUGUCUAGCUGGAACAGAAGGACCAUUUUCAACAACGAGUACCAGUAACACUAUGGGAGGAAGCACUAAUUUAGGAUUAACAGGUACUAUAAAAUGUGGUGUUUGCGGAGCAGUACGAUUUUAUCGAUUCGUGAAACAGGCACGCAAAUUUGGUAUUCACAGUUGCGAAUCUUGCCGAAAGUUUAUAAGCAAAAUGAUCAAACGUCAGGCUUGUGCUAAAUCCUCAAACAAUGUUCUUCCCAUUCUUCAGUGUCAUAAAGGGGACGGUUUGUGUUUAGUCCCACCUGUUGUGAGGAGUCAGCAAUGGAAUCUCAUGAGAUGCGUUUAUAAAGCCAGAUGCCCGGCGUGUUGGUUGAAAAUGUGUUUGAAAUGUUAUAACAUUCCACCUCCUUUGAGAACAGGCUUGAACGCGUUGUUACCACCAUUAAUGAGAGACCCUUUAAGUAUUUCUCUGCCACUUGGUCAAGACGAGGAUGGUCAAGGACAAAAAUUGUGCUCGUCUAAACUUAGUUGGCCCGCGGAAGAUAGCUCGGAAAGAAAUUUAUUUAAGUCUGCUAUGAGUUGGAGAAAUUUUGAAAUGGGACAUAAGACGAGUUAUCAGGGUACUGGAGGUUUUCUCUAUACAAAAAUAGAUAAAUUUGAUUCUUCGAUGAGUAUAUCGCCUAAUAAGAAACGAAGGAAAAAUAACAGGAUUAAAGUAAGAAAGAAAAUUAAAAAUCCAGUGGUCGCUUCUUCGUCUGGCAGCCAACAGUUGCAACCUCUUAGACAGAGACUUGAGUUGAAAGGACCGAGAGUUAAGCAUGUUUGUCGAAGCGCCAGUGUCGCACUUGGACAGCCCAUUGCAACUUUUCCUACUGUAGACGCGAAAGAAGACAACGAACAUGGUAAAAACAUUCCAAAGACAGUGAAAGAAAAUGAGAGAAUAGAAAAGAGAGAUGAUAUAAAAGAAAAGGAAAUACAAAAGCAUAAUGAAGAUAAUAAUUUAAAUCUUAACGUUAACACGACACAACAUUCGAGAAGAGGAAAACCGCAACAGAGUGUGUCAACGUUACAUUUUCCAGUGGUGUCUAAAGCAGUUAUGGAUACUGUAUAUACAGUUUCCAUAGAUUUCUGGGAGCAAUAUGAUCCUUCUGAGGUCGGAACUAAAGGUUUCGCUCUUAUCGGUUCUGAGCUAUUUCAUAUACCUGCUAUUUGCUAUCUGUGCGGAAGCGCUGGUAAAGAGCCGCUGAUCCACUGUCAAUGCUGUUGCGAGCCGUACCAUGCCUUCUGUUUGGAACCCAGUGAAUGGAACGCUUGUGCACAGCCAAACUGGUGUUGUCCCCGGUGUACGAUAUGUCAGUCCUGCCAUCUCAGAUCCGGCCCGAAAUUAUCCUGCAUUCGUUGUCGUCAGUCGUUUCACCACUCAUGUUUGUCAAAGUCCGGUGUUAGCUCCAGAUUGUACAGUCCCGAUCGACCUUAUGUUUGUCAGAGCUGUAUUAAAUGUAAAAGCUGUGGUAGCGAGGGCGUCAACGUUCACGUUGGUAACUUACCUCUCUGCUCUAUGUGCUUUAAGUUAAGACAACAAGGAAACUAUUGUCCUUUGUGUCAGAGAUGUUACAACGAGAACGAUUUUGACACAAAGAUGAUGGAAUGUAGCGAAUGUUCCUGCUGGGUACAUGCCCGUUGUGAAGGCCUUUCCGAUGAGCGUUACCAGAUACUUAGUUACCUGCCCGAUUCGAUCGAAUUCACAUGUAGCCAAUGCUCUUCCAAUUCGACUUCCUCUAUCUGGAGGAAUGCCAUAGAAGCGGAACUGAAGGCGGGUUUCAUCGGAGUGAUAAAAUCUCUGAGUAAAAACCGCAAGAUUUGCACGGCUCUUAAGUGGAGUCCCAGAAAGGAGUGCCUUUGCAGGCCCGUUUUGAGUGUGAGAAAACUUGAGUUUCCUGAAGAAGACAAAAAUGAAACGAACUGUACGAAAGAAAAUGAAUAAUCGGAAGAGUGUAAUGGUGACAAGUCCAUAGAUAUCGACUCGAGUUCGGGUGCCAAUUACAGGGAUGGUAUGAAUAAGCCUGAUUUAGAAGAACAUUCAAUAGAUGGUCCCAUUAGAAAAGGUCUGCGACGACUACGACAGAAAUUCCAUCUAAAAGAAUGCUCGGUUAGGGUGAAAAACUGCGUUCCGAAGGACUCUCAAGAUAACGAGAGAAAAGACUUGACAAAUCAAGAUUCGUUAGUUUCUUCAACCGAUGUCACGGAAUGCCACUGUUCCGAGCAGCAAAUCAUCGCAAGACCCUCGCCCACUUUAAUGUCUGUGAAACGUAAGGUAAACAGUAACGAGUACAAAUCGUUAUUACAAUUUCAUUGUGAUAUGAUGCACGUAAUCAACCGUGUCGGUUCAAAAGAUAUGAUAGAAACGUAUCACGAUAUUCUACAAGAGGUUUUCCCAUGGUUUACUCCGAAGAAUUUUAAGAGCAACGAUAACAACGAUGAUACGUUAACGCCUACUAAAGACGUUGGCGAAGACAUUGCUCUGACAACAAAGUUUGACGAUCCUAUUCUGGAGGCGUGGAAGGAGGAAGUGAUGAAAGCACCGAAAGCAAUCGCAGCAAAAACGGCGAAUCUGUAUAAUAUUCAUGUCGAGGACAGCAGAUCGUGUUGUUUAUGCAAAGGUUUGGGCGAUGGGCACGAGACAAAAGAGGGAAGAUUAUUGUAUUGUGGGCAGAAUGAAUGGGUACACGCGAAUUGCGCGCUAUGGUCAAACGAAGUGUUUGAGGAAAUCGAUGGCUCACUGCAGAAUGUUCAUAGUGCCAUUUCGAGGGGUCGUUUGAUUCGCUGCUCCGAGUGCGGUAAGAAGGGCGCGAGCAUCGGAUGUUGCGCGAAGAAUUGCAGCAAUACUUUUCAUUUUCCAUGCGCAAGGAAUGUUGGACUCGCUUUCAACGACGACAAAACUGUAUUUUGCAUCUCACAUUCGAAUACGAGUCACGUCUAUAAGUCUUUGCAGAACGAGAACGAGUUUAGUUUGAAACGACCGGUGUAUGUGGAGUUGGAUCGUAAGAAAAAGAAAUUUGCCGAACCCAACAAAGUUAAGUUAAUGAUAGGCUCUUUGAUGGUCGACUGUUUGGGCACUGUCAUUCCGGAAUUCUCUGAUACGGCUGAGAAGAUAAUACCAUGCGAUUACAAAUGUUCUAGACUUUACUGGUCCACAGUGAAUCCUUACAAGAUCGUGAGAUAUUACAUUAGAACUUAUGUGCAGGUACAUAUGCCAGACGUCUCGUCCGACAUGGAGAAUAACAUCACCAUCGAUCAUAGCAAGGAGCAGGAAAAAGAUGAAGUACCGACAGACUAUUUGGCCGUCAAACAAACUCUAGAUACGCUCAUCGAUUUCGUGUGCAACAAAGAAGUUGAUGAGAAUUUAGCGGAGCAGAACAAUACAGAUCUUUUACCGCCGGAAUUGAAGGAGGCUAUAUUUGAGGAUUUGCCACACGACCUGUUAGACGGAAUUUCCAUGCAAGACAUUUUUCCAAAGAUGUCGUACGAGGAUUUUUUAGCCAUGGAUUUAAAGAAUGAUGGUUCUUUCAGCACGGAUUUAUUCAAGGAUGAUAUGUUGUCAUCAGAAGUCGAAGAGACGAUAAAACCGUCGGAAAAUAAGAUCUCCAAAAUAGAUUCGUCUCUGUUGGAAUUAGGAGCGCACAAUGAUCUCUGGGUACGGUUGGAAGCAAAGACUGCGAUGCAAGACCUCAUGGACGACUUAUUUAACUCAAAAAGCCAGAAACGCGGCGGUAGAGAAUUGAAACGAUCCAAAUCAGAGGUGAUGUCGAACAAUCCGCUGAUCGUCGGUGGUCAGAGGCAUCAUCAGCGUUCCUGUAGCCUCACAUGGAGCUGCAAGCUAGACAACACUUACGGUUCUAACAUAAAAAGACGGAAGUUGCCCCGUAAUCCAUCCAGUACCAAGUCCAGCGAAACCGGUCUUAUUGUUCUUGAUGCGCAAAACGAACGUACGUCGAUGUUUCAUGAAUUGAGAAUCCCGGAGAGUAUUAUGGUCACCGUGGGAAGAGGAAACACGCCUAACAUACUAUCCGAUUCCGUGCGCGAGUUGAAGUACUGUAUUGAGGACUCUGCUGGAUUAAAUCGUCGCGUAUUGCCAGCCAGGGACGACGUAAAAGAGCACAAAAGGCUACUCUGGCAUCCGCGACAACAGCAACCGCGAAUAGUACAGGUCGAUGGGUCGGUUGACGCUAAUAGUGCCAGCGAGUGCAGUUCACCAGAAUACAAUGCCGAGGAGAAAAAUGCGAAUCUUCAAACGUCCGAAUCAUUAUCGAUCCCGCAAUUAGACGGCAUUAACGACGAGCACUCGUCUGACGCGAGCGAGUCAAGCUCGGAAAUGGAAUUUGGCUUAUACGCGCGGCCUUCAAAUCUUUUACAUUCAAAGCGUAUCUUUGGUUUCAUCAGAUCACAUGUGUCAAGUAAUUGUGAUAAAAAAACGAAGAGGGGCAACUUCAUAACCGCACCAACCGUUAGGUGUAUCUCGCACAAAACGGAAGUCUUGUUCAAGGAGAAGAAUCUCAAAAUAAAUGUGCAGAUCCCACAGGUCGAUGGUGCAGGCGAUAUCUCAAGCGACGACGAGUGCGUCUCGUCGCAACACAUGAUGACGCAUGAAAGGUUACUUCAUACCUCAUACGAAUCGUCGCCGUUCGAGGAUAUCGAUGUCACUUGCAAGAGAUGUGGCCUCACAUAUCGCAACGAGGAGAGUUACAAUCGUCAUCUGGACAACUGCGAUACUAUGAUCACCAGUGAUAGCGACUCGGAGACCAUGGACAACAAGCUGGCGUCGCCAGAGUCGGGGUUCUCGCCAAACAUGGGUCCGGUGUCAUCGCAAUUCAUCACGCUUUCACCGUCCGAGGGCCACACUCUAACGACCGAUUACUCGGAUAUUCAAGCGACGUCACCCAUCGAGGCAUCCGUGGCAUCGCCUCAUUCGAGUAUCCAGAUUGAACCGAUUGCCCAAGCGAUCAUCACGCCACAAAUUCAUGCGACACACGCCACCGUCGAAACCGUACACCAGACAGUAUUAACGUCCAAUGACGUGAUCGUACAGACUCAAUACACCCGUAGAACCACCACUCUGCCGAACCCAGCAGUAUUACCUCCUCAGGAAAGCACAGUGCAGAUAACGGAGAUCACAGAUCCACCGUCCAUCUCCAGCGACUCUAACGUUACGGCGCAUGGUAUCGUGAAUACACCGAUGAGUUCGCCGGACAGCACGAGCUCGCAGACCGUCCCAAGUCCGGAAAUGUCGCCCAGUUUCUCGUCCAUGGGCGUACAAACCGCGCACGAAUCUAUGCAGACGAACGCACAGAUCACCCGAACCUCUUCCAAGAAGAAUUUACGGGUAGCUAAGCCUAAAACCAAGAACAUCAAGCCGCAGCAGCAUGUUUUGAAGAACGUAAUGCAGUCGCCGCAAAAUGUUGCGCACAAUGUCAAAUUUCAACCGACAGCGAUGUCAAACGGUCCACCGGUAAUCCAGCUACAUCAGACCACCCCGAGACCGCCCACAGUGAUCCUUCAGCAAGUGGCGUCACCAGGAAUUGUGUCCGCUUAUGUGGAAGCACUGCAGCAGCAAUCCGGUCAAAAUUUACAAUACAUCACGACAAUUGGUGACGGGCAACACGAGACCGGUUUCAAGCCGCAGCUGAUCGCCGCAAAUUCCUUGGUGCCAGGCACCUAUAUACAGGCACCGUCCACCGACAAUCUGCUGCUACAAAACGGUGGUAUAUCGAUAUUACCGAGCGUGCAGAUUGCGCAGACACAGCCUACUGUACUAGGUACCAUUAUACAGCAACAACCCAAUGCAAUCCAAUGUGGCGUUAUAUCAUCGGAGCAACUGCUAUUAAGCUCUACGCCUACUCUGGAAAUGUUUACCGAUCCAACCGGCGGUAUGUUCGUAUCGAAUCAACCGAUGUACUAUGGUCUGGAGACAAUCGUUAGCAAUACCGUGAUGUCAUCUAGCCAAUUCAUGGCGGGUACAGUGCCACAAGUAUUGGCCAGUAGUUACCAAACAACAACACAGGUGUUUCAAGCGUCUAAGCUGAUGGAGCCUAUCGUGGAUGUACAAGCUAUGCCAGGUGUACCUACUGUAACAACGAUGCAGAAUGUAUCGAGCAUGCCGAACAUAUCUGGUAUGCCCAACAUAACUGGCGUACCUAACAUAGCGAGUAUGCAGAAUGUGAGUGGCAUGUCUAACAUGUCCGGAGUGCCUUACGUAGUGGUGAACCAAUCGGCGCCGCCGCUACCACCAGCAGCAGCUCCGGUACCAUCACCAGCACCAACAUUGGCGUCGGCACCGAUGCCAGCAUCAGCAUCAAUACCAGUACCAGUGUCAAUACCGACAUCAGUGUCAAUACCGACACCAGUGUCAAUACCGACACCAAUGUCAAUACCGACACCAGUGUCAAUACCGACACCAGUAUCAAUACCAACACCAGUAUCAAUGCCAGCACCAAUAUCAAUAUCAGCAUCAACGCUAGCAGUGGAACCAAUUGUAACGCCACCACAAAUCAACAUUUCCGCCACAUCUCUGGAACGAGCUUAUGGUGGUAUCGCGUGUAACGUCGUGACACCGGUGCCGUGUCAAAAUGCGACCAUAGAGCAUCCCAUGGCAUCGAUUCAAGUGGCAGAUGUGUGCUCAUCGAACGCGACAUCGAUAAGCGUGAUGGCGCCGACAAAGCUGUCAUCGUCGUCGGUGCCAACGAUACCUCGUGUCGCUGUAAGACCUAGUCCAGUCACGCAUCUGGUUCAAGCGAAUCAUGGAGCCGCUUGGAAGAUCACUGAGCCGUUGUUCGGCGCGGAACAACCGAUGAACAACAGUGUGAGACCAUACUUCGAUUCGAAACACGUAUCGGAGAACACUAGCAUGAUCAAGUCUAGCAUAUCAUCAUCUAAGAUACCACCUCUAUCGAAUCAUUAUGUUACGCAACGGAAUCUAGUUUUAAAUCAUAAGUCAAAUCACGAUGUAAAUAGCGUACAUAAGAGCUAUAAUAGCGGUACCGCGUUGAAUCCGAACUCGGUGAACGCAUGCAUCAACAAUAACAGCCCAAUCGUCAUUUCCAAUUCCAACUCCAUGCAAAACAAAAUUACGAUGCCGACGAAUAACAUGCCGACCAGUAGACCGAUGAACAGGGUGCUGCCAAUGCAGGCGGUGACGCUUAAGCAGGACCCGGCAAAGAAAGACGAUUUGGCGAUUGAAGAGCCGACGAAACCGAUGAUCAAGCCAGCCGAACCGGAAAUUGUAGAGUCAAAGAAGGAAAUCAUUGAGCAGAUCGUGCAAUUAAAAAAACCUGAAACCGCACUCAGCAAUAUCAGUGACAAUAUUAAGCUGAAUACAGAAACUAUAGAGAAGGUAAAGGAGAAUCUCAAACUGGAACUUGAUAAGGAGAAGCUACAAAACACAUCGUUGAAGAUAGUGCUGCAGAAACAGUUACAGGACGGUUCUUACAAAAUCACGCGCAACAUGAAGGCAGUCACCCAGAGCAAAAAGACACCACAAGUAACAUCUGUGGAGAUAUUACCGUCAAAACAGGUGCCUCAGAUUGCGUCAUUACAACUGUUGCCGAUCAAAACGUUUACGCUCAAAGCGAACAAACUCGAGGAUAAGGUGAAGCCUAUGGAAGCGAAAGUGAACAUACUUAAGGCAAAAGCGCCGCCCGUAGCUGUCAAGAAACCCAGAAUAGUGACGAAAUCAAUCAGACCGCUGCGAAACAAUCCGCAGCAGAAUCCGCCGCAAAUGCACAAUUGCUCGAAAGGACCGAUCUUAAUGUAUGAAAUCAAGUCACAAGAUGGCUUUACCCAUAUUGCCUCGUCUAUGACCGAGGUUUGGGAGACGGUGUAUCAGGCGGUACAGAAUGCGCGCAAGGCUCACAACUUGUCUCCUCUGCCUCACAAUCCGUUGUCCGAGGGUCUCGGUUUGGAGAAUAAUGCGGCUAUCUACCUGAUUGAACAAUUGCCGGGUGUCAACAGAUGCAGCAAGUAUAAGCCCAAAUUCCAUACGUUGGAGCCGCCAAAACCCGACGAGAUGGAAAAUGAGUUACCGGCAGCGUGUGUCAACGGGGCGGCACGAGCAGAGCCUUUUAAAGGCAGGAAAGUACACGACAUGUUCAGCUGGUUGGCGUCGCAGCAUAGACCGCAUCCUAAUAUAAUUACAAUAUCGGAAACAGAGUCUAGGCGAGCCGUAAGUACCAAUUUGCCAAUGGCAAUGCGCUUUAGAAUACUUAAGGAAACAUCAAAAGCAUCUGUUGGUGUAUAUUAUUCCCAUAUACAUGGUAGAGGAUUGUUUUGUUUAAGAGAUAUCGAGCCUGGUGAGAUGGUGAUUGAAUACGCCGGUGAAGUUAUUCGAUCUUCUUUGACCGACAAAAGAGAAAAGUAUUAUGACAGCAAGAAUAUAGGCUGUUAUAUGUUUAAAAUCGACGAUCAUCUAGUUGUUGAUGCUACUAUGAAGGGAAAUGCAGCUAGAUUUAUCAAUCAUUCAUGCGAGCCAAAUUGUUACUCGCGAGUGGUGGACAUAUUAGGUAAGAAACACAUACUGAUUUUUGCUCUUCGUCGCAUCAUUCAAGGAGAGGAGUUGACAUAUGACUACAAAUUCCCAUUCGAGGAUAUCAAGAUCCCGUGUACUUGCGGUUCUCGCAAAUGUCGCAAAUACCUCAACUGAGACUGCGUAUAUACAGCUUAUCUUAAGCAGCCGACCGAAGACAAAGAAAUAAAAUAUGUGCUAUAAUUGCGCGCGCGCUUUCGAAUAGGAUUCGUUUUAUUGAAUGUUAUUCAUUUUACUCAUCAUCAAACUAUUUUCAGAGAUUGCAGCUUUUUAUUACUAUAAAAGAACAUAGAUUAUACAUUUUAAAGAUUAGAAGGCCAGACGUAAUACGCGAAGCACAGCGAUUACAAUGAUGUUACUUUAGACAGCUACGUUCCUGUAGUUGAUUUAACGGGGGGUAUAUUUACACAUAUACCUAUAGCAAUAAACCAUUCGAGUAUCUCCUGCUUUUGUAUCCGACAAAGUCGUGCGUUUUACUAACGCGCUUCAGACUUGUGAAAGUGUUAUUUUAUUCACGCCUGUGCUUUCUCGCACGACUUUUAGACUCUAUGUAUUAUCUACUGUUGAGGCUUAAGUGUACAAGUUAUCUUACACUUUACACUAAAUGCGAGAGCUCCUUGUACGAGAGCGCAUAAUUCUUGCAUGAUAUGGAUCUCUCGAUGCUUUGAUCGGAUUUGAAAAUAAACUCUUUCCCUUAGACGAAAUUAUUUUGUAUCAUAAGGAUUAAAAUGGAAAAUGAUGCCGCUAGAGUACUUUGAAAAAUUAGCGGAUUUUCGACAAUGAUUGUAGCUUUUUAAAAGUCACUUAUACAUUUCUUUCAAAUAUCACAAGAUAAAAAUAACGUAAGCAUAGUGUACAAAAGAUCUUGUCAAGCGCGUGAACAUAAAAUGCGCAAUAAUUGUAUAUUUAGAUGAUUUGUAAAUUUUAAAUUUAGUGUACAGUGUAUGACUAACUUCGUGACAUUUCAUGUCUGCUGUAGGGCCAGAUUUCAAAUGUUUUUGUAAAAUAUGUAAUUGUUAGAUUAGAUAUACCGUCUUUGAUGUAAGUACAGCAAAUCAGUUUUAACUUAAGUUAGGAAUGUAGGUAUUAAGGAGAGAGAUAGAGAAUGGCAAGCGAGAACAGUCUCCUAUAGCAGGAUAUUGUUCGAAGGUAUACCUACUUUGGCAGACAUUGAUACGAUUUUGUUUUAUUGUUCACGUGGCAUCAUUGAUUAGAGGAUAUUUGCUUUCCAGAACUAUUUAUUCAAUGUAAAAAUGAAUGGCGCGAGUUUGAUAUUAUUUGUCCUCUCUUUUUCUUUUUGUACAUUUUUUUUAAAUAUCGCGUCUAUAUUUGUGCUUCCACCUUGCCAAGAUCAUAUUCAUCGAGUUUAUUAUCCGAAUUCUAUUGUCUGAAUUAUACGAGACACGACAUUUCGUUUGACGAGUAUUGAAUAGAAGCGUUAACGAUUUUAAUAAUCUUUUUAAAAGAAUUUUUUUUAAUCGAAAAAUCGGUUUGUUCGUCGGUCAAAUCGACGAAGAUUUAUGCAUUGUUUGGGAUGAACGUCUCCGGAUACGUUUCUCCGGCGAACGUUUGUGAUAUUUUCCCAUAAUGGGAAAUAUAUUAGAGAUGCUUUUAUAGGAAUAUAUAUUUUACAUUUUUACGGAUAUAUAUAUACCAUGUAUUCCGUACCAAUACCCUUCUGUGAAGUCCAGUUUUGCCUUACUUUUACAUGUACCUACGCUUUCACCCGGUGAUAGAUUUAGAUAUAUAUAUUUACGCAAAUGAUAUUUUAUAUUCGAAACUAACACAACCGCAACGGCGCAUGGCACUGCGCCCUCCGAUACUACAUCGUAUUUUAGCGCGAUUAAUCAAUUUCUGCCGAGGUGGUAGUCCCUUAAAUUUUGGUGCUCCAUGGACACCGUUAAGUGCACUUUUCAUGAAAAAAUGGCCUAGAGUAAGAGAUAGUAAGGUUGCAGUGCGGAAGUGUUUGAUAAUAAUAAGAAAUGCGUUAUACGAAGAAUAUUGAUCGUGAAUUAUUUAAAGAGAUAAUAUAAAGGGGUGAAAUGGUGGCACACACAUAGGAGCGCAUUAUUUGAGCACACGAAUAAUGUCAGACGUGCUGCGAUUUUAAUCGGCCUGGUUUGGUACAAAGCGCAUAUGCUGAGUUGUAAAAAGUUAUAAAAUCGCGGGAAAACGGAAACCUGUUCUGGUCACGUGAAAUUGCCAUCUUUUAGAUAUUUUGUGAAUCUUUUUUUUUUUUUUUAAUAUUAUAAUUAUCGAUAAUUAAUGACUAUUAUAUUCGAGGAGAUGAAUAUUGUUAAUAUAAUGAUAAUUAAUUUUAAUCUGUACAUGAAAAGUAAUACGACUAGUAAGGAUGGUAACUUACUUGAAAAUAUAACAAUGUUAGAUAUUUUAUUGAUAUUUAUUGAUUAUAAACGAUAUGGUAUUAGGGUUGACGAAAAAGUACUAAUGUAAACUGAACGAUUUAGGACCGGUGCACAUAUAUGGUAGUCACAUUUAUUAACGUGGAUAUAAGGAUCAAAUCCUUUUUUUUUUCCUAACAAACAAGCAAUCGUGUAUCUUUAAUUCGAUUACAAUCUCCUGAUUAUUACGCUAGAAUCGCUAAUCGGACAUCAGAAUUCAUUUGGGUUUUACAAGGUGUAUUCUCUGUAGGCAUACAUACCAUGUAACUCGAUUUUUACAUUGCUCUGUAUUAUGAUUGUAAGCUGUAAGCUAUCCAUCAUUGUCCGAUUUCAUUUCUACAUUCGCGAAUAGAUUUAAAUUUCUCAGUACAGCGUACUGAGAAAUCCCCUUUUCAUUAUUUGUAUCAUCGACUUCUGUAAAGUACCCACGCGAGUACUUCAGCAAAAAGUAUGGGACAGUUUAAACGUAUGCUUGUAGCGGAAGAUUAAAAGCGUAUGUGUGAGAGAGAGAGAGUGUGUGUGAGAGAGAGAGAGAGAGAGAGAGCGAUUUACUUAUCUGCUAAUAAUUCUUACCUGAUGAAUUCGGACGAAUAUCUAUCAGGUGCUUUCUGGAACAUACUCUGUGUCUUUUUAAACUACUCUUUAAACUGCGUAAAAAGGGUGUACGACCCUCCUUAGUAUUACGCAUACAGCCUUCACUAUGAUUAUGAUUAUGAUUAUGAUUAUUAUUAUUAUCGCUAUUAAUUAAUCUAUACACACACAAAAAACGAGAAAGAGAAAGCAUAAUACAUCACUACUCAAGUCACUCGUAUUUGGGCAUAUUAAGCACCGUUUGUUUACUACACCCCAUCAGCACCUUUCAAAAAUAACGCUGCGUGUAAAAAAAAUGACGAACAUCCGAAGAAACGAUACGAUGAAUAAACUGUUGAAGUAGUUUACCAAUAAUUAAAGGAAAAAAAAAUGAUACUAAUGUAUAGAUGUAAUAGGUAGAUUGUUUCUCUCCGACUUUUACGCAUGUUUUACCUCUCGACAGACAGAUUCGCUUCGAAAUCCGAACGGACGUCGCAUUUCAGCGUUGCGUUUAAAAUUGCGAGUGAUUAAGUGAUUUCGCGGAAACGUGACGAGCUCGCGGUGUGUAUUACGGCGUUCUCGCGACGCGACGGUUUCGGCGCAUCGUCACGCUAAUUGCGAUCUUUCACAACCGGAAAUUUGGUCUCAUUGCGCUCUUUAGAUCUUUGCUUUUUUUUUCUUCUUGAGAAAAGGAUAAGCUGAUAAUAUUAAAAUAUUACAAUUUAAGCAAUUAGAAGAGGAAACGGGAGAAAAAUUGAAAUAUAAAACGCUUCUUAAGACGUGUAUAAACUUACUAUUCUAACGUUUAAACAAAGUGUAGAAUUUUGAAAUAUUGUACUUGUUUAAAAGAAAAGUAAGAGGGAAGAUAAAUAACAAUUACUGACAAACUCGACGACGGUAUGAAAGAGAAAAAGAAAAAUUGAAAAAAUUGUCUGUGAUUAUCAGUCAUAAUAAUCUUUAGGUCGACAUAUUUUUUAGAGAAUAUUUUUUAGGAAAUUACAAAAUUUAUGAUAUAUCCCUAUUAUUGAUAUGAUAUUGGAUCAGAUCAUGUGCUAUACGCAUAAUAAUAUUAAAAGUGAAAUUGAAAAAAAAAAAUGAAUGAUGAACUGUAAAAGUUGCAAACUGUUUAAAUAGAGUUACAAAUAGUUGAGAUUCGAUGGCUGUUGUAAAAUAUUCAGUGUUUGGACAAAUAAUUAUUAAAAAACUAUUUAUAACUAAUAUCGAAGUACGAUAAUAUUAUUAUAUCGCAUAUUACAGUAGCGUUUUUAUCCCUUCUUGCGUUUGCAUAUAUGACGGAUAUAGGUUGUAGAGAGAGAGAGAGGGGGGGGAGGGAGGGAGAAAGAGAGAGAGAAUUUCGGUAAAUGAGGCCCGACCAUGGAAACCUGACUCGCGAUUAAAUGAACGAACGAGGAACGAUAUUAUGAAAACGAAGGAAUGGGGGGAUGACGAUAACGGGACGGACAGGGGGCAUUUGCCACACGUUUUUUGCGUGUAAAUUGUCGUUAUCAAUCCAUCUACUUAUCGUAGAAAACUUAUGAAGUUUAAUCGUAAUAUCUACAUUAACCAGAAAAGGUACGCGUACCGCAUAGAAAAAGAAACACAUAGCUGCUUUCAUCACAAGACACGUACUCGUACAUACACACACACAAAACACACAGAUAUGCCCAUGUUUU